UCGCCACAAACUUUACACUGACUAACGGUCUGGCGUUUUGGGCAGUUAAUGUAGUUCCACCCAGCAGCGCCACCGUCAUCGCCACAAAGCGAACUUUUCGGAACCCUGUCCGCCUAGUGCACGCUCUUCUCUGUGGACUUCUUUAAAACAAAAUCACUAAGUCGCAGACUAUUUCUAAACUUUGCUCCUUCAACAACAAAAUCCACACUGCUAGCGCGCUCACGCAAGAAUCUGCAGCGGAAAUCUGAAAGGAAUACUUGCUAAACUAAGCCCAGCUUAAGGAGGACAUAAGAUCCGGUGCGGACCGCAAGUGCAUUGCCUCGUGCGGAAGCGGAGGACCCACAACAGGACCCAUAACAGGAGCCACGCCCGUAGAGCGACAGCCUAAAAAUGGCGGCCUUCAUAGCUAAGCAAAUGGUUGGAAACCAAUUAAGUGCCGUUAAAGAUGCUGCAGGCGGAGGUGAUGGAGGCGAUGAUGGAGACGACAAGGAAAAGGCAGAGGAGGAGGAGAGGGAGCGUCAGGAGGCCAUUAAGGAGGCCGAGGACCGGCGCAAGGAAAAACACCGGAAAAUGGAAGAGGAGCGCGAGAAGAUGAGGCAAGACAUUCGCGAUAAGUACAACAUCAAGAAGAAAGAGGAAAUCGUGGAGGCGGCACCCCAAGAAGAACCCAAUCCCCUGAUGAGGAAAAAGAAGACGCCCGAAGAACUCGCCGCCGAAGCGGAGCAGGAAGAGCUCGACGAUUUUACAAAACUGAAAAAUCAAAUAGAAACGCAAGUAAAUGAGCUAAAAACCCAAAUAGAGGGAAAAUGUGUCAUGCAGUGAUAUGUCAGUCAUCAUAAUAACAAACAAUUGAAUAUAAUGAAAAUAUACAAAUAACAUUCAACCGAUAAAAGGAAAUUUAUUUAACUCGACCUGAAAUUGGAUUUGUUAAUAUGAGAUCUGUUAAGUUAUAUUGAAAAAAAUAAAAAAAACUAACUAAAAGCAUUACAAAGCUAGAGCCUAAAAUAACUGUAACCCGGCAGCGACAUAAAUCCUAUAAAACAUUAAACCCCAAAAUCAAUUACAGCUAUAAUCCGAAACGAAGAAGAUAUGCGAAAUCCAAAUGCGAACAGGACGGUGAAUUCCUAAAGAAUUUUAAUGUAGCUAAAACAUAAACCAAAUUAUUUAAAGCCCAACUAUAGUAAAAGCCUUUAAUAAUAUUCAAAUCACUUUGCUUCGAUAAUAAUGUAAUAUACUCAAACCCAAUUUAAAAUACAUAAUCGUUGUUUAGUUGAUAACAUACAAUAACAUAACGAUCUAAUAAAUAUAUCGAGUCGGACGAUGACAUUCGAAACCAAAUUGAAAGAAAUAAUACAAAUAUAAAACAUAAUAAAAAUCAAAACAAAACAAUUAGGCGAAUGGUGCGACAGAGGAGGCUGCUGAAUCCUGUCGAACCGUCAAAGUAUGUUGCUGAAAUCACUUUGGACUUGAAAUCCAUCAAUAAGUAUAGAAAAAAAUGAACCAAAUAUCGGCGAAUAUGUUGAAAUUGUCAUUCAAGCAUAUAUAUGUAUACACCCGUUUUGUAUAUAUGUAAAUUUAGUGAAUUUAACCACGAACAAAUGAAUAUACUUGCAAACGAAUUGACUGCAGAUACGUUGAAAUUAUUGCUGAUUCUCUAAAUUGUUCACUAAGAAACAGAAAAGAUAUCUAUAAAAAUAAAUGAAAUGUUUCAGUCAAUUUGUUUUUGAAAAUUCGAGACAAAACAUCUUUAACAGCUGCUACAUUUUGUUUCUUUCUUAUACAAACAACAUACCAACACUACAAUUGAGAUUUUCAAACUCUUUGAGAUAGUUAAUGAUCUCUCUGAUUGAUGCUUCUGAAAUACAUGUACUCUCGGUGUUUUAUAAAUAUCAUCAACAACAACCAGAACAACAGCACAAGAAAACGCCUACAGCCAGUACAAGAACAACAUCAACAACAACAUCAACUACAGAAGUAUCUAAAUGUGUAUUAUAAGAGGUUAAUUAUUCUAUCCACGCAAACAAUAGAAGUAAACAACUAGCUACAUGAAUAACAUCAUCAUCUAAACUAAAUCAUCGCAAUUUGCAAUCCAACAUUCCCUACCAUAUUUAUAAACGUUGUGAACUAAUUUUGGAUGUGGCUUAGUGUGGCUUAUGCCACUGCAUAAACACAUUCGUGUACUUUCACUUAACAUAGUCACCAGUAAUAUGCAUAUGCAUUUAAAUGGCUAUAUGGUGUUGUAAAUGCUUGAAAUUGUGUACAGAUCCAAUAAAUAGCAACGAAUUAUAUGUGUACCUUCCUGCAAUAAACUGCAUAAAUGAAAAAGAUAAAUAUUCAACUUUCUGUAUCUACAAUUGAAAGCUAAUAUCUAUAUCUUCAAGUCUUAGCAUUUCAAGCUUUGCCCCAUAAUUUUUCUAAAAAAUGUCAGAUUUCUUGUUUUCGCAUAUCGGUAGGACAGCAACUAAAUAAAAUGGCUUAAUGCCCCUCUAUGUCAACCUAAUAAAGCAAUCCUAUAGUGCCCCCUCGCUCCAUACAAAGUUAGGAACGAUCAAACUAAUGAAUGAAUGCCUUAACGUGGCUCAGAAAACUAGACCAUGAGUAGCGAAUAGAUGAUAAUAAGAAAAGGUGACUCUACCCUAAGGAAAGGUACUUGCAAUCCCAAGCUUUGGUUCCCCAGUCGCUACUCUAUUACUGAAUCGGUAUCCAAAUAUCUUAGCUACAAUCUUUUCAAGCUCGAAACUAUAAAAUCUAUAAAGUAAUGGCUUUCUAAAUACUUAUAGAAAAUGUUUACCUAGAUUCUACUAUAUCUAUUGCGUUUUUCUCUGAGAUACUUACAUAUAUGAAGUUGAAGGUCACUUAAUUGUUUAAUAAAUUGAAAAAUAAAGAAAACGAACUCAACAAA